GCUGCUGUGUUUGAGGCCGAAAACUCAGACAGACACAAGCAGGAGCAGGACGACGCCGGAGAGACUCCGAGGACGGGAUAUAUCCUCUCCAUGACACCGAGGCUGUUGUUUUUACCGAGCUCUCACCGAGCGGAUCCUCCGCGCUGCUGCCGCACAGGCCGCCGCGUCCUCCUCCUCCGCCUGCCCGCCGCCUGAGCGCCGCUGCCCGCCGAUCACUGUGCUCCAGAGCCGCUGUUUGUAACGGGACCAACGCUCAACCGUCAAGCAGAGAGAGAUUUACGUGUCUGACAGAUCCAGAGGGGAAAUAACGGCUCAUCUGUUGCUGUCUGAUCGCUUUAAAGAUCCGAACAGGUGAAGAAGUGCGCGACGGAGCAGUGUCUUAUUCUGCGCAAACACUGAGCUGAAGACACAUCUCCUGAAGCUGCUCUCUCCUCGGGCUUUAACACUCUGGAUUUAUUACAUGAAGGGCUUUUAAAGAAGCUGUUUGAGGCUCGUGCAGCAGUGCCAUGAAUCAGCCUGGGCCCCAGCUGCUGCCCACCUAGAGGUCUCUUCGCCUCUCUUUCCCCAUCUCUUCGGUCCAGAGGAUGCUGGGAAUGUGUCGCGGGCGCAGGAAGUUCCUGGCGGCCUCCCUUGCCCUGCUCUUCAUCCCGGCGCUCACCUGGCUUUACCUGUCGGUCGGGAGCUUUCAAGUGAAGCCCCUCCCUCUGUCUCCGUUGGAAGCCCAGUCAUCUGCGCCUGUGGGCGGAGUCGGCGAGCGGCAGGCUUUGGAGCUGCGGGUGCGAGCGGUGGAGGAGGAGAACCGGGCGCUGCGCCGGGAGCUCAGCCGGCCACCCAGGAGCCCGUCUGCACGCCUUCCAAGUGCCGGUCACCGUGGCAACCAGAGCAGAACGCAUUCAGAAGAGGGGACGGGCGAUAAUGAGGGACAAAAAGCUGCGGCGGUGGGGAACAGCUCAGACUGUGUUCAGCAGCCUGCCGUGGAUAAGUGUGAGACCAUCCAUGUGGCCAUCGUAUGUGCAGGGUACAACGCCAGUCGAGACGUGGUGACGCUGGUUAAAUCCGUCCUCUUUCACAGGAGGAACCCUCUCCAUUUCCAUUUCAUCACCGACUCCAUUGCUCAGCAGAUCCUCUCCUCUCUGUUCCACACCUGGAUGGUUCCCGCCGUCAGGGUUGACUUUUACGACGCAGACGAGCUGAAGUCGGAGGUGUCCUGGAUCCCUAACAAACACUACUCUGGGAUCUACGGUCUGAUGAAGCUCGUUCUCACCAAGACACUGCCGUCCGACCUGCAGAGAGUCAUCGUCCUUGACACGGACAUCACCUUCGCCACCGACAUUGCUGAACUCUGGGCCGUCUUUCACAAGUUUAAAGGUCAGCAGGUCCUGGGUCUGGUAGAGAACCAGAGCGACUGGUACCUGGGGAACCUGUGGAAGAACCAUCGACCCUGGCCCGCUCUGGGGAGGGGCUUCAACACAGGAGUGAUUCUUCUUCUCCUGGAUCGGCUCAGGAAGCUGAGAUGGGAGCAGAUGUGGAGGUUGACUGCAGAGAGAGAACUAAUGAGUAUGCUGUCCACAUCGCUCGCAGACCAGGACAUCUUCAACGCCGUGAUCAAACAGAACCCGUUCCUGGUCCACCAGCUGCCGUGUUUCUGGAACGUCCAGCUGUCGGACCACACGCGCUCUGAGAAGUGCUACAAAGACGUGUCGGACCUGAAGGUGAUUCACUGGAACUCUCCAAAGAAGCUCAGAGUGAAGAACAAACACGUGGAAUUUUUCAGGAAUCUUUAUUUAACCUUUCUGGAGUACGAUGGAAACCUGCUGAGACGAGAGUUGUUUGGAUGUCCGAGCGAGGCCGACCACAACAGUGAGAACCUCCAGAAAACCUUGUCCGAGCUGGACGAAGAUGAUCCGUGCUACGAGUUCCGUCGGGAGCGAUUCACCGUUCACAGAACACACCUGUACUUCCUGCACUACGAAUACGAACCGUCCUCCGAUAACACGGAUGUCACGCUGGUGGCCCAGCUCUCCAUGGACAGGCUCCAGAUGUUAGAGGCCAUCUGUAAACACUGGGAGGGGCCCAUCAGCCUGGCCCUGUACCUCUCUGAUGCCGAGGCUCAGCAGUUCCUGCGUUACGCUCAGGGCUCCGAGGUGCUGAUGAGCCGUGGGAACGUUGGCUAUCACAUCGUCUACAAAGAGGGGCAGUUCUACCCUGUCAACCUGCUGAGGAACGUGGCCAUGAGGCAGGUCAACACGCCAUAUAUGUUCCUGUCCGACAUCGACUUCCUGCCCAUGUAUGGCCUCUAUGAGUACCUCCGGAAGUCGGUGGUGCAGCUGGACAUGGCCAACACAAAGAAAGCUCUAGUUGUUCCUGCCUUCGAGACGCUGCGUUAUCGUCUCUCUUACCCAAAAUCCAAAGCUGAGCUGCUGUCUCAGCUGGACAUGGGGACGCUCUUCACCUUCAGGUACCACGUGUGGACUAAAGGCCACGCACCUACUAACUUCGCCAAGUGGCGGACAGCGACCACGCCAUACAGGGUGCAGUGGGAGGCCGACUUUGAGCCCUACGUGAUGGUGAGGAGGGACAGUCCCGAGUACGACCGCCGCUUUGUGGGCUUCGGCUGGAACAAGGUGGCUCACAUCAUGGAGCUGGACGCACAGGAGUACGAAUUUGUGGUUCUCCCCAACGCCUACAUGAUCCACAUGCCUCACGCUCCGAGCUUCGACAUCACAAAGUUUCGCUCCAACAAACAGUACCGGGUCUGCCUGAAGACACUGAAGGAGGAGUUCCAGCAAAACAUGUCGCGGCGCUACGGCUUCGCCGCGCUCAAAUACAUGACGGCCGAGAACAACAGCUAGCUACCACUGCAGACCCUCACUUCACCCGCUAUGAACUACUGACCCACUCCACGAGGCGGGGGAGGAAGGAGGAGGAAACAGAGACAGCCCUAGGGAGGCUGACAGGGAGGAUUUGAACCUUCCACUGACUUUUAGAGAACGAUCUACCCUCUUUGUGGGACUGUGAGGGUCUGUAUGUCCUUUCUUUGGAGAGAUAAUCCAGGAGGAGGCCGCUCCUGCAGGGAUGGAAAGCUGUGACAAAAAUCCCAGCUCAACCCAGGCCGGGAUACGUCGGCCCUCAGCAGGCAAAGAAAAACAGACGUUCAAUGCCUGGCCAUAUUUGUAAGAGCAGUGACAGUGGUGGGUGGGGUGUGGAUGAGCGUGUGAGUACAGGUAGAUGUGACUGUGUGAAUGUUCCUCCAGGACGGCAUUUAGCUAAACCUUAAGCCGAGCAGAAGAUGUGAAACAUUUCGUUCUGAGCAGCAGCGGCAGUUUGAUUGACAGCUCACCCCGACUCUGAAUGCAAAUCGUCAGCAGGCGGCGAGAUAAGACAAAGCGGUAAACACGUCCACACAGAUUUACAGAAUCUCUUUGUGAUGGGUGACACACACGCAGACAAAACACAUUCUCUGAGAUAAUGUGGCGAGCUGCCAGCCAGCGAGAGCCGCUGCUGCCUGGUCUGAUCGCUGAUUCACUUCAGAACAAGGCUGGCUACUCAGUAGAUGGUUUUCAAAUCUUUACCCAUUUUAAAGACAUGGUAGACCACAGAUAUGAGGACAGACUCUGCUUAUCUUUAACAUUAUUAUCCCCUGAAUUAACACGCUAGACCAGAGAUCCCCAAACGGGCCUAUGGGCCAAGUCCAGACCACCAGAGUCAAUUAUUGGCUUGGAUACACCCUGGUCUGAAACUUCUACAAAAUUCAGUUAGUCAUUAUUUAAUGCAAAUUAGUCAUGUCAAUAGAAUAUCAUGAAAAAAAUUAAUUUAUUACUAUGAUUUAAUUAAAAAUGUUAAAUCUCCAUAGAUUCUUGAUUAAUUUCAUGCAGAGUGAAAUAUUUCAAGACCUUUUUGUGUUUUUAUCCCCUUGAUUACAACUUAUAAAACUUAUAAUCUACUAUUUCAAAUAUUAGAAUAUUGUAGAAAAGUCCAGUUUCUUAUGAUUUACUGCUCUAACUCUAGUUCACAGAGUACAAACAACCACAAUCAUGGGAAGACUGCUGACUUAACAAAUGUCCAGAAGACAAUUAUUCUCAUCCUCCACAAAGUGGGUAAGCCACAGAAGGUCACUGCUAAAAGGGCAGAUUUUAGAGCCCCUCAUGCUUCCAUCUGUGGAGAAGUUUUAUGGAGAUACUGAUCUCCUUUUCCAGCAGGGCUUGGCACAGUGAAGCCAAAACUACCAGAAACUGGUUUGCUGACCAUGGUGUUACUGUGUCUGAUUGGCCAACCAACUGGUCUGACCUGAUCCCAUAGUGAAUCUCUGGGGAAAAGUCAAGAGGAAGAUGAGAGACCCCAAACUCAACAAUACAGAUGGGCUGAAGGCUGCUAUCAGAGCAACAUAGCCUCAGUAACACCCCAGCAGUGCCACAGACUGAUCGGCUUCAUGCCACAUUACUUGUAGUAAUUUGUGCAAAAUGAGCUCCAACCAUGAUCUGAGUGCAUAAAUGAACAGAUUUUUUUUUUUUUUUUGAUUGGUGUUUUGUGAUAUUCUAAUAUUAUGAGAUUUUUUUAAAUUUUUGUGAGC